CCAUGCAAUGAGAGGCAUGUAGACGGAGGUCCAUCUCCAAGAACAGGAGCUUCCCUGAGCACCCAUUCAGCUGACCCCAAGCGCCAAGCCUUGUCUCUAGUCCUCUGACUGACCCAGACCACAGUCCCUGGAAAAGACGUAGACCUGGGUCUCACAGAAUGGUCCACAUGGACCUCCUGAGGCCAAUGGGACUGUGCAGGGGAUUAAUGAAGAUUGAGAGGUGGAAACGGGGGUGAAUGGAGGAUUAUGAUGCAGAGGAUGGGAUGGGAAAUGUCCAAAGGAAUGAUGAAGCGGAGAAAGAGAGGACCUGUUGAUGGACAGAGAGCAGCUGCCUUUCCUGUGAGGAAACAAUUGAUUUGAAAAGGCUGUAUUCCCAGAUCAUGCUGCUUUAUUAACGAUGAUUGAGGACUAUGAAAGGUUGCUGAUGCAUUACUAUCAUUUGAUGACAUUGCAUCUUCAUUUCCUAAAAUCUCGGAACAUGGGUGGAGAAUGUAGGAGACAUCGCAAUAAGAGAGGUUGCUAAUGGCGCUUGAUGUGUUCUUUUUUUCUUUGUUCUCUUCCUUGAAACCCAAACAGGACUUCUUCUCAGCCCAUUCUGAGGAAAGCGAUGGAGAAGACAAGUCAGAAUUUCGGGGGAGGGAGCAACUUUCAUUUCAUUAGGAAUAGACAUCAAAAUGUGUGAAAUGUGGAAUAUGCCUCACUGAAUGAGCACACAUAGCUCACAUCAACUAUCUCAAAGAGCAAAGAAACCAUUUAAAGGUAUGGAGAGUGGAAAGAGUUUUACUGAUAGUGGAACACUUAGAACACAUCAGGGGAAUCACAUGGGGAAGAAAGGAUUCCAAUGCAAGGAGUCUGGAAAGAGGUUCAAUCAGAGGGGAAACUUCAAUAAACAUCAGCGGACUCACACAAGUGAAAAACCAUAUAAAUGUAUGGAGUGUGGAAAGAGCUUUAGUAAUAGUGGAAGCCUUAGACAACAUCAACGGACUCACACAGGAGAGAAACCAUAUGAAUGUAUGGAGUGUGGAAAGAGCUUCAGUUUAAAUGCAAACCUUAGAAGACACCAACGGAUUCACACAGGAGAGAAACCAUAUGAAUGUAUGGAGUGCGGAAAGAGUUUUAGUGAUAAUGGAAACCUUAGAAGACACCAACGGGUUCACACAGGGGAGAAACCUUUUAAAUGCAUGGAGUGUGGAAAGAGCUUCAGUUGGAGUAGACAACUCCAUAUUCAUCUACAGACUCACACGGGAGAAAAACCAUUUAAAUGUAUGGAGUACGGAAAAAGCUUCAGUCAGAGUGGAGACCUUAAAUUACAGCAGCAAACUCACAUGGGAGAAAAACCAUAUGAAUGCAUGGAGUGUGGAAAAAGCUUCCAUAUCAAUGCAAGACUUAAAACACAUCAACGGACUCACACAGGAGAGAAACCAUUUAAGUGCAUGGAGUGUGGAAAGCGCUUCAGUUUAAAUGCAAACCUUAGAAGCCAUCAACGGACUCACACGGGUGAAAAACCAUAUAAAUGUAUGGAGUGUGGAAAGAACUUCAGUAAGAGGGUACAACUCAAUAUACAUCUACAGAUUCACACAGGGGAGAAACCAUUUAAAUGCAUGGAGUGUGGAAAGAGCUUCAGUUUAAAUGCGUGCCUUAGAAGACACCAACGGAAUCACACAGGAGAGAAACCAUAUAAAUGUAUGGAGUGUGGAAAGAGUUUCAGUCACAGUGGACAAUUCAACAUACAUCUAGAGACUCACACAGGGGAGAAGCCAUUUAAAUGCAUGGAGUGUGGAAAGAGCUUCAGUUUAAAUGCAAACCUUAGAAGCCAUCAACGGACUCACACGGGUGAAAAACCAUAUAAAUGUAUGGAGUGUGGAAAGAGUUUUAGUGAUAAUGGAAACUUUGGAAAACAUCAACGGACUCACACAGGAGAGAAACCAUAUAAAUGUAUGGAGUGUGGAAAGAGUUUCAGGUACAGUGGACACCUCAAUAGACAUUUACAGACUCACACAGGAGAGAAACCAUAUAAAUGCAUGGAGUGUGGAAAGAAAUUCAGUAGGAGUAGACAACUCAAUAGACAUCUACAGAUUCACACAGGGGAGAAGCCAUUUAAAUGCAUGGAGUGUGGAAAGAGCUUCAGUUUCAAUGAGUCCCUUAGAAGACACCAACGGACUCACAUAGGAGAGAAACCAUAUAAAUGUAUGGAGUGUGGAAAGAGUUUUAGUGAUAAUGGAAACCUUAGACAACAUCAACGGACUCACACAGGAGAGAAACCAUAUAAAUGUAUGGGGUGUGGAAAGAGUUUCAGUCACAGUGGAAAUCUUAGAAAACAUCAGCAGACACAGGGAAGAAACCAUAUAAAUGUAUGGCAUGUGGAAGGAACUUCAGUCAGAGGGGAGCCCUUGAUUUAAGUCAAAAAACUUGCACAAGAGACAAACCAUGUAAAUGUCAAGAAAGUAGAUAGAGGGUCAGUCCUAGUGGAAGUCCUGUAUCAACAGACUCAUGAGCAGGAAGAACUUUAAUAGUUUAACCAUACAAACCCAUCAACAACUGAAGAGUAGAAGCAGUUUAAAUGGAAAGAUUUGCAGAAAGUGCUUUUGUUAUAAUGGAGUGUUUAAGAAACAUCUUGGGACUCUCACAGGGGAGAACCCAUUUAGAUGUAUGGAAUGUGGGACAUGUUCCUCUCAGGGUCCACUCUUUUCUUCACAGCAAUAAACUCAGGAGGAAAUCAGUCUUCAAAGCAUGAUGUAUAUGUGAAGUUCUUGUGUUUAUAUGUAAAACAACAGUAAUGAAAUAUUUAAGGCAAUGUCUCACAAUAGGGAGUAUAAUUUUAGAUGCAAGAUACCUUUUGAUAGAGAGGGAAAAUCUGAAUUGCUGGUGGGGAGUGAGGAUUAGGGCUGGGCGAUAUAUUAAUAGCUCGUCCAUACCGGUUUCUAGACCACAUCGCGAUAACCUUUGAAAAACAAUUGAUAUGGCAAUAAACCACGAAUCACAGCGUGUGUUUCUGGGAUGUGCCUGGAAGCAGCCGGCAGAAAACUUUGCUUCGUGAAGCCCCUGAAGAUGCCCAGUUGCUGACUUCCCUCCCAGACGACAGGAAGCGAAACACACACCUCCAUUGCCCUGUGUCGUUCCAG